AUGGUAAUUCCAGCUCAUGUGCUGGAUGUCGAGGCUGGGAAUAGUUUUAAAGAAACUGAGUACCAAUGCCGUCAAUACUCUUCACAACCCAUGCUAAAUUUCGAGAAAUACGAUAAUCAAUCUGCCUUGAGACAGGAAAGCAAUCAGAUGGAAACAAAUCUGUUUGCUUUGACGUCUAAGCUUUCUUGCCUUGAUAAGAAAGCCCAGCAGCUGGGUCAGUUCUUUUUCAGUCACUCGCUAUGCUCAUCAGGGCAUAAAGAGCAGCAGCAAGAAGCGAGAUCAACCCUGAAUUCUGUCCUGCACGAGGUAAUUAUCACAUCUGGUUUGAUUUUGUCGCAAUGUCAAAUCUUAAGUAUUCCAGAGAAGCCACCGAAGGAGGAGGGAGAAGAAAGAGUAGAAAUUAUAGAGAUGAAGGAAGAUGAUAUUCUUGCAGAGCAUGCCCAUUUUUGUAAGAUCUGUGGGAAAGGAUUCAGACGAGAUGGGAAUGUGCGCAUUCAUAUGCGAUCCCACGGGAACCAGUAUAAAACCCAAGAGGCCCUCAGAUCCAGCAAGCCAAAGCCAAUUAGCGGCUCAUAUUAUUCAUGCCCAUUUGGGGACUGCAGGAGGAAUAGGGGCCAUCCAAGUUUCAAACCAUUGAAAUCGCUGGUCUGCCUGAGGAACCAUUACAGAAGAAGCCACUGCACUAAGAUGUAUGCCUGCAACAAAUGUGGGAAGGACUUUUCUUUUGUGGGUGAUCUUAAAACCCAUGGAAACAAGUGUGGUCAUGCUACCUGGCGAUGCUCUUGUAACUCCACUUUUAGUACCAAGAAUAAGCUGUUUCGUCAUGUCACCUUGUUUCAGGAAGGUCACAAGCCUGUGCUGGCCUCACAUACCUCAUCUUCUGCUCCUCCUCCUCCUCCUCUCAAGGUAGUAAAGCCCACAAGCAAUGAGAAAAGAUUGGAUUAUUGUGCCAAAGAUGGUGAUGAUUUGGCAGCAGAAGUUCCACCUUAUUUAGCAGAAGGACCGCCUAGUUAUGGCAAUGCUGAGGAUUUAUUAAGAUUGGACAUAGGAUCAGUUGGGAUACAGGAAAGUGAAUACAUGAGCCAGGACAAUGAGUUUGCUUUCUUCAACGAUGGUAGAGAGGAGAAUGAAUUGUAUGGAUCUCUCUUUUGGUAA